GUCGGCGAGCCAAACCCCCGCGUUCGCAGGAAGGUGGUGGUGCGCUUGCGCGGGCUGCUCGCGGGGGGAAGGGCUGAGACGCUCGCGGAGGCCAGCGGGGCUCGGUGCGGCGCGGGGUCAGGAUGGACGAGGACGUGCUGACCACCCUGAAGAUCCUUAUCAUCGGCGAGAGUGGGGUGGGCAAAUCCAGCCUGCUUUUGAGGUUCACAGAUGAUACUUUUGAUCCAGAACUUGCAGCAACGAUAGGUGUUGAUUUCAAGGUGAAAACAAUUUCAGUGGAUGGAAAUAAGGCUAAACUUGCAAUAUGGGAUACUGCUGGUCAAGAGAGAUUUCGAACAUUAACUCCCAGCUAUUAUAGAGGUGCACAGGGUGUUAUAUUAGUUUAUGAUGUCACAAGGAGAGACACUUUUGUAAAACUGGAUAAUUGGUUAAAUGAAUUGGAAACAUACUGUACAAGAAAUGACAUAGUAAAUAUGCUAGUUGGAAAUAAAAUUGAUAAGGAAAAUCGUGAAGUUGAUAGAAAUGAAGGCCUGAAAUUCGCACGAAAGCAUUCCAUGUUAUUUAUAGAGGCAAGUGCAAAAACUUGUGAUGGUGUACAGUGUGCCUUUGAGGAACUUGUUGAAAAGAUCAUUCAGACACCUGGACUGUGGGAAAGUGAGAAUCAAAAUAAAGGAGUCAAACUGUCACACAUGGAAGAAAGCCACGGAGGAGGAGCCUGUGGUGGUUAUUGUUCUGUGUUAUAAACUCUGGGAAGUUCCAUUUCUUGCGCAUUUGAUGAGAUAGUGACAUCUUUCUAUACAUAAACAACUCUUAACUGCUAUUUUAGGGACCUUACAGUUUGCACAUAAUUGUUUUUUAUCAUGGCAGUAAAUAUUUGCGAGAAAUGCCACUCAUCGGCUUUCCCAGGUAAAAUGUUAUGGUAAGCAUGCCCAGUUUGUAGUCUACAGUUUUUUUAUGUAACAUAAAAUAAGUGUGCUUUUAUGAGUACAUUUGAUUUUAUGAUUUACAUUUAUCAUGUAAUUUUUUUAAAACACCAUUCUCUAGUACAUGUUACUACAAAGUCUGCUUUUGGUCUCUUUUGCUUAACUUCUGUUAAUUACUGAAUUACUUGGUAUGUAGAACUCUUAGAACCGCUGGGAGGUAAACAGAUACCACCAAACCUGUCAAGAUUUCCUUUGAGGAGUAAGAAGAGCAUGACUUCACAUCUUUCCUAGAAUGUCUGACAUUUUCUUUUAAUACUAAGCAGAAUCUCAGUACCGACCAUAACUCAGGCCAUUUCAUAAUUAAAUUUCUAUUUAUUCGGAUGAUGCUUCCAAAAUACUGUUGGUAUAUUAAAGAAAUUUGAUAUUACUUUUUAACUUAUCUCAUUGAUUGGGUUGCUUUUUGUAGUUUCAAUCCUGUGAUAAGUACAUUGAAUUCAUGUUUCUUUGCACAGUGUUUUUAGUUACAUACAUGGUGUUUGGUAGAAUGGCAAUAAAAUUUUUCCUCAUUUUGGUUUCAGGACAUGAAUAGUAUUGAUUAAAACUCUUUUAGUACUUAACUACUUCAACAACCAACUUUUUUUUCAUAAAUGUUGGUUGUGUUUGUCCAGUUACCUUCAUUGUAACUUGUGUAAUGUUUAUGGAUAUCUGUAUCUCAUGGCUUUCAUAAAUGGCUUGUUGAUAUUCGGAAACCUAUUUCUGUGUUUUGAGGAGGACAAAAACACUAAAUGGCAAUGUGAGAAAGGCAUAUUCCUUCCAGAUUCUAACGUGUGGGAAAAUACUGUUGCAAUGAGAAUGUUGAUAAUUUACUGUAACUAAUGUAAGCUAAUCAUUAGUUUCUCAAAGCUAACUUGUACACACUAAUAAAUCUUUGCUAUAGUAUUGUUUUCUAACUUCUUGCUAUUGUAUAUGUGUGUUUUUUCAUUCUUGUUAUUUAAUUUACUUUGAUCUCAGCUAUUUUAAGUCUGUUUGUAAGUAAUUGAUCCUUCAAAGCUGGUCACUAUAAUACCUGUAAGAUUUCUGAUAUUAAUUUCCUGGCACUUUAUUCUCUGUGUACUUGCAAAUGAUAAACAUUUUUUGUGGACCUUUGCAGUAUGUGUGUUAAUGAUUUUACUUCAAGUGUGUUUCUUUAUGAAGUACACAUCUUCACAUAUGAAAACCUCACAUUGUUUGGUUUACACUUGUUAGUGUAUGUUAACAUAAAAGGUUUUAUGCAAUAUAAAAGACUUUAUCCAUUGUGUAUUAAUUCUGCAUUGUUACCGAAAGAUAGCUAACUUAUGGUUAGAUUUUGGUCCUGUUGCAUUAAACAUUAGAUUUGUGUAUUUAUAUAAGUUGUUUUGACAAAACUUUUCUAUUUCUUUUUGCUCCUUUGGCUAUCUUUCUGUAAAUCAAAUUGUUGUCCUGAUUUGAUAAGAUUUGGAUACAUACAGAUCACUUGCAUAUAAUUUUAAGAACUUUGGUUUUUAUUGUAAACUUUUAUAAUUUUGAAUAAAUUCAGCUUGCUUUCCCUACAUGCAUUUGUUCAAAGAAGUACUAUACAUUUUCCUGUUACUCAUAUCAUCUGAGGAACAUUUGAAUAUAGUGUUACUCAGAUUCUUUUUGUGUCUUUCAUUUUACUGUUCUGUUGAAGGAAGUUUAAUAUUUUCUAGUGGAAGCUUUGUAAGCAAGAUAGUUGUAAUAUCUAAAAUCAGGUACUGCCUACAUCAUUAAGAGGUUUUUAAUUGUUUUCAGAUUUCAGAUAGUUAUAAAGAGACUUUGGUAAAUGGUACCAGUAGAACAAUUAGAAUAUGGUAUUUGAAGAUCAAUGUAGACCUAAAUAAAUAAUUUUUCAACUUUAUGGA